UUUAUUCAGCAGUUCUGACAGCAGCUGAUUGCUAAAUUGACAGCCAGCAAAAAAAAACAUCUAGUUUUUCGGGCUGCCACAAAAAACCGACAGACAGAAAAUAAACUAAAGUUUUCUGUAAUUUUUCAAAGUUUUUCUUCUUUUAUAAAGAAUAUAAAAUAAAACGAGAAAAUGCCCGAGGCUCGCAGUCCCUUGGCAGCCUUUGCUGAAAGUUUGCAUAAUAUGGUUGAUGGACCAGUAACAUGGUUUAGAGAAUCUAUUGUUGAACCCAACCAAAAGAAAUACGCCUGGUAUCAUCAACAAUUUCGUCGUGUACCCACCAUUGAUCAAUGCUAUACAGAUGAUGUAGUCUGUCGUUUUGAAGCCGAUCAACAAUUUCGUCGUGAUCGCAUGGUAGACAAUGAAAUUGUUACCAUUUUACGUCAACGUUUUGAAGAUUGUACCAUGUAUGAGGCUCCCGAUCAUAUAGAGAAAUGUAAACCCAUUUUGGAACAAUAUGAAAAGGCUGCCGAAAAUUGGUUUAUUAAAUAUGGUGAUUUGGGUGGUUAUACUAAUGCCAAGGCUGCCUAUAUGAAACAAAAACAUCGUCUUAUUUGGGAACGUCGUCAUGGUCCCGUUGGUAGUAAUAACAAAAAUGCCGCCUCUGCUGCAUCCGAAGAAUGAGUGAGACUAUUUAAAUAGCUUGCUUAGAGGUGUGUGGUGUUAAGAUUUUUGGUGGACACUAUGUCCGUUUGCGAAAAUUUUAGUUAAAUUUUUAUUUCUGUUUAUAAAUCUUUCCAUCGAUCAGCUUUGUUAACAACCAGAUACUGCUAAACGUAAAAUGUUUUAAGUAAAUCCAAACUAAAAAUAACUAUAAACACAAUGUUAUUAGUAUAAUGCAAACAAAUCAUUAAAAAAAUUAAAAUAAAAAACAACAACUGUGAAUAUUUAAAAAGCAUUGGCAAAAACAAGCAAAAACUAUAAUGUAUUGGAGAAUUUAAAGGAUUUGUAUAAGAAUUAAGUUAAAAGUGCAAGUAAUUCAAGAUUGAAUGAAAAUUUAUUAAUCAUAUAAAUGAAAAGCCAUUUGAAGCCAUA